UCUUUUUGAAGAAUCAGAUCAUAAAAAGCUGGGUUAUAUGUUUAAAAAUAGUAAAAGCACUGAAGUUACAAAUAAAAAAAAUGCUGAAUUAAUGGAUGAAGAAGAUAAUAAUAUGAAAAUUACAAUUGUUAGUAGUAGUUUAGCACUAAAUAAUUUAGAAAACAUUCAGAUGUUUUUACUUUAG